AUGACAACGAUACCCGCCCGGCUGGCGUCUCUCACACGGACAUCCUCAGGCCCAGCAGAGUCCAGAAAACGCGCCUUGAAGCUUUACAGAGACUGGUACCGCUCGGCCCCAGAAAUCUGCGGAAUCUACGCUUUGAGCGUUUCGCCUGCAUAUGUCCGCCAUGCCAUCCGCCAACGCUUCGAGAAGAACCGGAAUGUGACCGACCAGCGCGCGAUCGACGUGUUGUUGCUCAAGAGCAGACAGGACUAUCAAGAGACGAUGAACUGCUGGAAGCAGAUCGACCAUGUCAUGGGUAUCACGCUGAACUCUCAGGAGAGACCCAAGAAAACUUUCUUGGAAAAGUUCUACGAAGGGAAGGACGAGCAGGCUGUCAUUCCUGCUGCUUCCGGCAUUUAG